AUGAAUAUUUCUAAAAUACUUUUCAUAUAUUCAAUAGCUUUUGUCAAUUUUAUAACAUGUAUAUACAAUCAAGAUUACAAUGAAAUACUUCCUAAUAAUGAUUAUGAUGUAAUAAUAAUUGGUGCAGGUGCUUCAGGAUGUGUCAUGGCAAAUGUUUAUGCAAAUAAAGGACUUAAGGUACUACUUCUCGAAAGAGGUGGCCCACGCCCUGAGCAUCCUACUACGUUGUAUACUAGCGGGGUACCAGGUGUGAUAACUGAUGAAUCAGUUAGUGAGGCAAUAACAACUUCUAAUGGAACUCUUUUAAACGUUGCAAAUGUUAUUGGUGGUGGAACUAGUAUUAAUGGUGGAUUCUACGUACAACCCUCAUUUAACUUUAUGAAGAAAACUAUUGAAAGAAGUGAAGCAAAAUUUGAUGAGGGAGUAUACAAUGAAGCUAUAAAUAUUAUUCAAAACUCACAACUUUUAAGUAAAGAUAAUAAAUUAGAUGGGAAUUUCCCGAAAUACCUAUUCGAAUAUAUUUCACAAAUGCCUGACUUUAGAAAUUCUAAUCCAAAUCCAUCAUAUACUGCUGUGAAUAAUAGCGUAUUUGUGACAGUAUCAGAAUUUCAUGGAAAUAUUAGAAAUUCAGCAGAUAUAUUUUUAUCUCAUGAUAAUAUUCAAAUAUUACCUUAUUCUGUAGUUGAGUCUAUAAGUUUUAAUGUAACUGAAGAUAAUCAUAAUCCUUAUAGCUUAAAGAAGAAGAUUUCUGCAGACUGUAUAAUGGGAAAGAUGCGUUCUAAAAAAGAUGGAUACUUAAGUGUAAAUUCUGGGAAGACUCAUCGCACUCUUUACUAUAACUCUGGACCUAAAUUUAGGAUUUGUAUUAAGAAACCGAAUGCUUUCAUAAUGUUAGCAGCAGGUGCUGUAUACUCACCAGCUAUAUUAAUGAAAAGUGGUAUUGGUCCAACAAAUAUUAUGAAUAAAUAUGGUAUCCAACCAAUGAAGAUUUUAGAGCAAGUUGGAAGGAAUUACCAUGAUCACUUACAAUUUGGCUUAUUUGGAAUAUUAAAAAAUCAAAAUGAACCAAUAUCAAUACAAAAAAUUUAUGCUUAUAGUAACUGUACCUAUUAUAUCCCAGAUCCUCCAACUUUACAAGAUGAACUUAAACUCUUCCAUCACCAUAAACAAUGUAGUUAUACAAAUAUACAUUACCAUCAUAAAUAUAAUAAUUUUACUGUUAAUCAACAGAACUUUGAUUCACUAUUUUCACCUAUAAACUUUCCACUUUUUGGGGAUAAUGAUCUCAUCUCUCAUAAUCCAAACAUAAACGAAAACUCAAAAUGUUAUUCAACUAUAUUAGAUGAAGUUUCAGGAGGAUUAUGGGCACCAUUUGCAAUAUCUCAAAUUAUCUACAGAAAAGGUAAACAAACAAACAAUCCAUUAUUGACAUAUUUAGCAAUAAAUAUGAGAGAAAAAAUAUUAGAUGCAGUGAAUAAAAAUAGUACGGUCAUGUUAGAUACCAAAUUCAAUGUAUUAUUAGAUCCUAUACAACAAUGUUUAAGUAAUGGUGCUGCAACAAUAUCUUUUAUAACCCAACCAAAAAGCCGUGGCUAUAUUACAUUGGACAAAGAUGGUCUACCAGAAAUAAAAAGUGCUGACUUUGCUGAUCAAAGUGAUAUUGAAGCUGCAAUAGUUGGUAUGAAAAAUAUUAUUGAUAUUAUGACUUCAGAUAUGAUUGGAAAUUUAUUUCAGGAAGAGCUUGAUUCUUGUAUUUUACCUUUAAGAAAUAUGUGGAAUUCAUUUUCUUUGUUUAGUGGCAUAGAAGCAUCUCUCAUUAAUACCGUCCAAAUGCAGCGAGUAAUCCCUGCAUUUAUUCCACCAAUACCAAGUAUUAUUAAUGAUAAAACUAUCUUUGAAUUAGUUAAAGAAUCAUAUUCAACAAUAUGGCAUCCUACAGGUACCUGUGCAUUGGGAUCUGUUGUUGACGGUAACUUUACAGUUAGAGGUAUAUCAAAUCUUAAAAUUGGAGAUGCUUCAAUAUUCCCAGAAAUAUCUGAUGUUAGCCCACUAGGAUCAGUUCUAGUAAUGGCAGCAUAUGUAGCUUUGAAGACAUCAGCUAACUAA